UCACAUAUUAGACACAAACUUCCUCAUCUUUGAAAAAGAAAGUACCACCAAAACUCUGGGAAUACGAUGGAAUGCGAUAUCAGAUCAAUUCUCAUACACUCUUGAGUCAAUAUCUGCAAUAUCCGCAAAAACCAAAAGGCAAAUCCUGUCGUCUGUGGCAAAACUUUUUGACCCCGCAGGAUGGCUUGCACCAAUUAUGAUCCAAGCAAAGAUACUCAUUCAAGAAUUGUGGCUAGACGGAACAGAUUGGGACGAACAAGUUAAACCACUACGCUUGAUAAAAUGGUCCCAAUUUGCCAACAAUCUGAACACUAUUUCGGAAAUACAAAUCCCUCGAUGGGUAAACUACUCUCCCGAACAUCAAGUCGAACUUCACGGCUUCUGCGACGCCUCUGAAAAGGCAUACUGCGCUACUAUAUACGUGCGCACACAACAAGAUAGCAAAACAACAAGCCACUUGCUAGUCGCAAAAGGCAAAGUGGCUCCGCUAAAGACCGUAAGCCUACCACGACUUGAGCUAUGCGGGGCGCUCCUCCUUGCAAAACUAGCCUCCACCGUUCAAACCCACUUAAGCCUGAACAAUCGCAAAUUACAUCUAUGGACUGACUCUGGAAUAGUUUUAGCUUGGUUAGAAAAACCACCCCAUAUGUGGAAGACAUAUGUGUCAAACCGCACAGCCCAAAUAAUUGACUUAGUUGGGCCAGCAACUUGGCGACAUGUAGCCAGUGCUGACAACCCAGCCGAUCUUGGCACAAGAGGUUGCAAACCCCUGCAUCUCGCCACCACCUCACUCUGGUGGAACGGCCCCAGCUGGCUAACAGAAUCACAAGAAUUCUGGCCACAAUCCCCGAUACGCAACAUAAUACCCCCCGAAAGUCGAAAAAAUUGA